CGCCUGGCGCGCCCCGAUCAGCGGCCGCAGCCCUGGGGCUCUGCCCUCUGCCGGCGUCUGACUCGCGGAUCCCCGCCACCGGGCACUCAUGAACACCUCCCGCGUCGGCGCGCUCCUGACCCUGCCCGUGCUGCUGCAGCUGGCGGCCGGGGGCGGCUCGCCCUGGUCGGGCGCGCCGCUGAGGGGCUGCCCCGCGCACUGUCAGUGCGAACCCGACGGCAGGAUGCUGCUCAGGGUGGAUUGCUCCGACGUGGGGCUCUCGGAGCUGCCCACCAACCUCAGCGUCUUCACCUCCUACCUAGACCUCAGUAUGAACAACAUCACUCAGCUGCUCCUGAAUCCCCUGCAUAGCCUCCGCUUCCUUGAGGAGUUACGUCUUGCUGGAAAUGCUUUAACAUACAUUCCCAAGGGAGCAUUCGCUGGCCUUUACAGUCUUAAAGUUCUUAUGCUGCAGAACAAUCAGCUAAGACAGGUACCCACAGAAGCGCUACAGAACUUACGAAGCCUUCAAUCACUGCGUCUGGAUGCCAACCACAUCAGCUAUGUGCCCCCCAGCUGCUUCCGUGGCCUACAUUCCCUGAGGCACCUGUGGCUGGAUGACAACGCGUUAACAGAAAUCCCUGUCCAGGCUCUCAGAAGUUUAUCAGCAUUGCAAGCCAUGACCUUGGCCCUGAACAAAAUACACCACAUACCAGACUAUGCCUUUGGAAACCUCUCCAGCUUGGUAGUUCUCCAUCUACAUAACAAUAGAAUCCACUCCCUGGGAAAGAAAUGCUUUGAUGGACUCCACAGCCUAGAGACUUUAGAUUUGAAUUAUAAUAAUCUUGAUGAAUUCCCCACUGCCAUCAGGACACUUUCCAAUCUUAAAGAACUAGGAUUUCAUAGUAACAAUAUCAGGUCGAUACCUGAGAAAGCAUUUGCAGGCAACCCUUCUCUUAUAACAAUACAUUUCUAUGACAACCCCAUUCAAUUUGUUGGAAGAUCUGCCUUUCAACAUUUACCUGAACUAAGAACAUUGACUUUGAAUGGUGCCUCACAAAUAACAGUAUUUCCUGAUUUAACUGGAACUGCCAACCUGGAGAGUCUGACUUUAACGGGAGCACAGAUCUCAUCUCUUCCUCAAACCGUCUGUGACCAGUUACCUAAUCUCCAAGUACUAGAUCUGUCUUACAACCUAUUGGAAGAUUUACCCAGUUUUUCAGCCUGCCAAAAGCUUCAGAAAAUUGACUUCCGACAUAAUGGAAUCUAUGAAAUUAAAGCGGACGCUUUCCAGCAGCUGCUUAGCCUUCGAUCUCUAAAUCUGGCUCGGAAUAAAAUUGCCAUUAUUCACCCCAAUGCAUUUUCCACUUUGCCAUCUCUAAUAAAGCUGGACCUAUCGUCCAAUCUCCUGUCGUCUUUUCCUGUAACUGGGUUACAUGGUUUAACUCACUUAAAAUUAACAGGAAAUCAUGCCUUACAGAGCUUGAUAUCAUCUGAAAACUUUCCAGAGCUCAAAGUUAUAGAGAUGCCUUAUGCUUACCAGUGUUGUGCAUUUGGGGUGUGUGAGAAUGUCUAUAAAAUUUCGAAUCAGUGGACUAAAGGAGACAAUAGCAGUUUGGAUGAUCUUCAUAAGAAAGAUACUGGAAUGUUUCAGGCUCAAGAUGAGCGUGACUUUGAAGAUUUCCUGCUUGACUUUGAAGAAGACCUGAAAGCCCUUCAUUCAGUGCAGUGUUCACCUUCUCCAGGCCCCUUCAAGCCCUGUGAGCACUUGUUUGGUAGCUGGCUGAUCCGAAUGGGAGUGUGGACCAUAGCAGUUCUGGCACUUUCUUGUAAUGCCCUGGUGACUUCAACGGUGUUCCGCUCGGCUCUGUACCUUUCCUCCAUAAAACUGUUAAUUGGGGCCAUCGCACUGGUGAACCUGCUCAUGGGCAUCUCCAGCGCUAUGCUGGCGGUCGUGGAUGCAUUCACCUUCGGCCGCUUCGCACAACAUGGUGCAUGGUGGGAGAAUGGGGUCGGUUGCCAAGUCAUUGGCUUUCUGUCCAUUUUUGCUUCGGAAUCAUCGGUUUUCCUGCUUACUCUGGCAGCUCUGGAACGUGGGUUCUCUGUGAAGUGUUCUGCAAAAUUUGAAAUGAAAAUUCCCUUUUCUGGCCUGAAAGCGAUCAUUCUAUUCUGUUCCCUGCUAGCCCUGACCAUCGCCACGGUUCCACUGCUGGGCGGCAGUGAGUACAACGCCUCCCCAUUUUGCCUGCCUCUACCCUUUGGAGAGCCCAGCACCACAGGCUACAUGGUGGCUCUUGUCCUGCUCAACUCUGUUUGCUUCCUCAUCAUGACUAUUGCUUACACCAAGCUCUACUGUAAUUUGGAGAAAGGAGAUCUGGAGAAUAUGUGGGACUGUUCUAUGGUGAAACACGUUGCCCUGUUGCUCUUCACCAACUGUAUCCUUUACUGCCCCGUGGCUUUCUUAUCCUUCUCUUCUCUGCUAAACCUCACCUUCAUCAGUCCUGAAGUCAUUAAGUUUAUCCUGCUAGUGAUUGUCCCACUUCCCGCAUGUCUCAACCCCCUUCUUUACAUCCUCUUCAAUCCCCAUUUCAAGGAGGAUCUGGGGAGCCUGGGAAAGCAAACCCACUUCUGGAUGAAAUCAAAACAUCCAAGCUUGAUGUCUAUUAACUCGGAUGAUGUUGAGAAGCAGUCUUGUGACUCAACCCAAGCUCUGGUCACUUUCACCCGUGCCAGCAUAGCCUACGACCUGCCUUCCAAUUCUGGAUCGUCAUCGGCUUAUCCCAUGACUGAAAGCUGUCAUCUCUCAUCGGUGACAUUUGUCCCUUGUCUCUAAUUAGUCUAUGAGGGGUAAAGUUUUCAAAAGUUGGAAACAUGAAAUGUGAGAUUGAGGACAUCAGAACAGUAGCUAAGAGCUGAGCUGAAACUUGGUUUAGAAACCAAAUAAGCAACUUGUUAAAGUGGAAACGCUGAUACCUAUUAAUACUUGACAAUGAAAACGUAAGUCUAAACGCUGCUUACAUCAUUUGUUCAGUUAGGGGAUAGAUUGUUCACAUUAUAUAGAUAAGCCUGGAUAGACAAAGCAGAUUGAAAUGGUCUUCAGAAAAAGAUCCUCCUUGAUUUUAAUGGCAUUUUCUUUCAACUCAACCGAAGUUAUGAUUUAGGAGAACUCAUGCACUUACAAAUUGGUUUGAUUUAAACUCCCAAACUCCUUAAAAGAUGGGUUAGCAAGGUUACAAAAAUAAAGGUUUAAAUAGCGUAUAUUACUAAGUAAUGUUUGUAGUCUCUAGAAUUUAUUUUUAAUGGCCACAUGUUGGUAGUUCAUGCCUGA